AAAUCCCACGUGACGUGAAGGCAACAUGGUUACCUUCCCACAGAAGCAGGAAGUGGUUUAUUUAAUCUCAGCUGCCUUUCACUUUAUACACGCAGUCGAGAAAUUGUUCCUCAUGGCCAAACAUAGACACGUACCGCACUGAGAGGAACAAUAAUAUUAAAGAAUGAGGCUGUACGGACUUUUUCUGACAUUGUCUCUGUCGUCCGCGGUGAACAUUUUGACAUCCCCGCCUUUAAACUGCACCCAACAGGGUUUGAGAUGCACAGUCAGUUCAAGUAACUGCCUAGAUAAAGGAUGGCUGAAAGUGAAAGACUACACUCCCAGCAGUCCAGAGGGGCUGAAGGUGACUGUAACAACCAAGGAAGAUGAGGCAGGACAGCUGCAGCCUGUACUCGCUGUUAACUGGAACAUGAAGGAUGAUGGCAGUAUCCGCUACCUGAAUGCCACUGAACUUCAUCUUGUUGUCUUAGCCACCAAUGAGCACCUGUGUGUCCGAUAUUCCUUUAAAGACAAACUCCCAAUGAGAAAUUCAUUUGGCAACAAGUGGUCGUUUUCAGCAAACAUGCUAGUGUUGGAUCCAGGACACACGUAUCGAGUUUCUGUCUUCAACAUCCCCAAACCAGAAAUGUUCCACAGCAACUAUGACAUCAGCACUCCGGUCCAUGUUCCUGGUUGUCAAGACUCAGUGAUGAAAAUGACCCAGUUUUGCAUAGAGAGAGGAAGUCUUUGGCAGUCUAACAUCAGUGUGGCAACCAAAGAAAGACCUGCACUGACCAUCCGCUUCAGUCCUGACCCACUGUGUGAAAAGUACAUAGUUAUUGUUACCUGUGAAUCCAUCCAACAAGUUGAACAUGUGUUUAAGGCCAACCAGACGGACUUAAACAGAACAUUCAGCCUUAAUAAAUGGCCGAGAUCGUGCUGCCAUUUUGACGUUGAGGUAAAACCAAUUUUCCAAAAUUGUGGCCAAGACUGUGCCCGUCACAAGAAAACCCUGCUAAUUUGUCCAGCUGUGCCAACUGAUGCCCAAUUUGCUCCUCAAUACACACCUGUUAUUGUGAGUGUGCUGCUCCUAUGUGCUGGGAUCCUGUCUGUUUAUAUGUGCAUCCUCCGCCGAAAACCAGGCAAACCUUGUGAUGCCUUCAAUGCUGAGGACGUUAAAAUAGUGAAACCACCACCAGAACCGUUCCAACAAACCCCUAAAGUUCUGGUGAUCUACUCCCAAGACCACCGUCUAUACAGGGACAUAGUGUUAAAGCUCUGUGCCUUCCUCCAGGCCAAGUGUGGCGCCAAGGUGCUGAUAGAUCUGCUCGACACCAACUUUUUAAGCAUGAUUGGGCGCCUCCCGUGGCUGGAGUGGCAGCGACAGCAGCUAAGAAACCCCACUGAUAAGAUCUUAGUACUCUGCUCGCCGGGUGUUCAGGCAAAGUGGAGGGCCAUGUGUGGUCACAGCCGGGUCACGCUGAAGGAGGACCUUAACUCAUCGAUGGAUGACAUGCUCACCCCCUUUCUGAACCUCUUCCUGCCCAACAUGCACCAAGCGCGCAUGCAUGGGAUGUACAUGGUGGCUUACUUCAGCGACAUCAGCAAUGAGCAGGAUGUACCAUCGAUCUUUGACAUCGCUGUGAAGUACAAACUGAUGAGAGACUUUGAAGAGCUCUUUUUUGGUAUCCUGGACAUGGAGAAGUACCAGCCGGGUCUGGUCCACUGCAUCGAAGGCAUCGGCGGGGAUGAAUACUUCAAGUGCCCAUCAGGCCUGGCCCUGAAGAACGCUAUUAAAACCUUCCAGGCCUACCAGUUAAAACAUCCUGACUGGUUCGAGAGGGAGUGUGUUCACAGUGAAGAAGAACUUGGUACCGAAGCCAGUCGUCUUAUUGAGCAGCAGCAUGGCCCUCCGAUUCUAGAGUGUCUUCCCCUCAUCAGGGAUGGACCUUCUGUCUCUGUGUGUGAGGCACAAAUAAGAGAGGAUGAUGGCAGUGUUAAAGUCUUAAUGCCGGAACUGAACACAAAGAGCCAGCUUCCAUCAGUGGCAGAACUUAUACCGGAAGUAAACCCUGUUUACAAAUCUCUGAAUUUGAGUUUUGCACAUCCGUCAGUUCUUCACGCUGAGCCUGUUUCAUCAGGACAGAAGUGGCUGUCAUCCGCAGCUAAACACCAAAGUCAGGUUCCAGUUGAGAUUGGAGAAGAGUGGCCGAGUGGCUCAAGGACCCUGAAUUCCCAAGAUUCAACCCCACCUUGUUCGAGCACAGGGAGUCCUCCUCCAAACCCAAUCAACAAGUGUGAGGAUAAGAUUGUGGAGCCAAACAGUGGCUCUGAUCAAGGCUACAUCUCCAAAGUGCCUUCGCCGCUCGGAACGUCUUGUAAGGAAGAUCCACUGGUGGCUCUGGCAAGGCUGCAAGACGAACUGUUUCUGCAAACUGUGAAUAGCUCUGAGUUGGGUCCAUAGGGAUGGAUGACUGAUUUACUUUUAUAAUUUGUUUAGUCAUUCAACCCCUCUCACCCAGAGAACCAUUGAUCUCCAACGAUCGACUGCUGAUUUGGUAUGUUUACUCCUUUUAUAAAUAUAUUUGUAUUUGAUGCCAUGCAGACUGGUUAGCAUUUUGAUCCUCACAAACAAAUUAAUCCUGUCCCUUUUAAGAAAGUAUGCGUAAUGUCAAUUGAUUAUGUGGAUAAAAGACACCUUACAUUCAACCCUCUCUCAAGACAAGAGCUGUAGACCUGCACACGACUGGAGUACGCUACACAACUGCUAGUUACAAGCUUGGCAAGAAAGAGACCACUUCCACAAACAUUUUUGCAAUGGUAUCAAUCACCCUCUCAUGCAAAAUUUCAACUUGUGUGGUAAGAAUUAUUGUGAUUCUAAAUCUGCUUUUAUUUUUAUUCCUAAACAAAUCUGCCAUUUGGGCAUUAAUAUAUACGUCUGUUGAUUUUAAUGUUAUUUCAGUUCAGUUCAGUUUCAUUUAUAUACCAACCAACAUGCUAUACAGACAUAAAACAAAUCAAAAAUAGUGCUAAACAAUGUACAUUUUACCACAGCAGGAUGAAUAAAAUAUUAGAAUAGCAAUUGUAUAUUAAAGGGGAACUGCACUUUUUUUUUCAAUUUUUGACUAUCAUUCACAAUUCCUAUGUAAAACAAGAACACGUGUUUUUUUUCUUUUUUAAUGCAUUGUAAGUCGUAAAAUACUUCAAGUACGAGGUGGCUAACAUUGCAGCUCAUACACUACUCCGCCCAUAAAGGCCUCUAAAAAAUAUCGAAAGAAUGCCAACAUCACUCCAUUUACAUGUUUAUUUGAAUAUUGAUCAAGUAUUCGCAAUAAUGGUAUUUUAAUCGAUAACGCAGACAAACUAUCUGUAGUGGUGCCUUGAUCACAGAGAGGUAAUUCCUUGUGCUGCUAUAUUGACAUAUUGAGCUGGUGAGCUCCUGCAUCGCCUCUGAGCUGAUUAAAAUGAGUCCAGAUUAUAAAUCAUGUCUCUCACCUGGAUUAUAGAAAGAUGUGGCCAUAAACCGAGGUGAUGGCAAACUUUGACAUUCAGUUUAUAAACAGAGAUAGCUAAAAAGACAUGAAAUAAACAAAAACAUUUUAACCUCCAUGUGCAUUAUGAUUAAUUAUUUAUCUAAACGGAAAGUUCUAAACAUCCCAUCUCAUUGGUAUCCCAGUGAGAGCAGACAUUGUACCGUAUGUGAUUGUUUUAUUAUUUUCAUAGUUUGUAUAUCUUGUUUAGCACUUAGCCACACACGACUGCAUGAUGCUUAGUGUUUCACUAAAGCUAAAUCUGUUUUACACACAGCUUCUAAAACGUGUAGAUCCUCCUCCUUAUAUUUAAUUCAGGCUCAAAAAGAUAAGGUUCUGGAUCAUAACUUGUCCAAAAGUAAUUGUUGUUAACUCUCAUGAAGUCUGCAUGUUUAGUAGUGGUUGAUGUUGAAAGAAAUAGCAAAUGUUGUGAUGCAUUUGUGACAUUAUUUUGAUGCUGUAUGCUUAAAAUGACCAAAAUACAUAAUAUUGCAUGUUAUUAUGCAUGUCCCUGUUACUACAUUACAUAUACAGUGUACUUACAGCAUGUAUAUAAAACGAUGGAGGUUUUUUAAAGCGCUGUAUAGGCGCAGCCGAGCGAUUCCCACUACCUUCAUAGUUAGCUGACCUUUGCCAAUUUUUUUAAGGGAUUAGAAUGCAUAAAAAAAGAAAUAUGUGUUCUUGUCUUACAUAAGGAUUGUGGAUGAUAGGCAAAAUUCCCCAAAAAAUGUGCUGUUCCUCUUUAAAAGAUGUGCGAAAAAGAUCACAUAAAAAUACAAAAAUAAUGCAAUAUAAUAAAUAAAUAAAAAUAAGAAAUAAAUGAUCAAGAUAUCUUGCCUAACUGGAUUUGAAUGCAUAGGAGAAAAACAUGUUUUUGUCUACAUUUAAACUGGAGACUGGGAGGAUCUAAUGGGGAAAAGAAGGCUGUUCCAGAAAUCAAAAUAUCUGCUAGCAGAACUUGGUGCGUAUAUGCUCAUAUUUAAAAAUCUAAAAGACACAAUUUGUGCAGUUUUUUUUCUCGUUUAUUUGAUCACAAUACUCUUGUUUUACAGUACACCCAGUAGAUUGGAUUAUAUCGAUAAAGAUAUACAGCACACAAUGCUAUCACGUGUAGGUAGUACUAAUAUCUGUAAACAACAGCAACCCUGUAAAACGUGUGCGAAGAAAGAGGACCAAAAUGUAACCAAAUACAAGACAGAAGGCUUCCAAUUGUGUACAGUGUUCUUCAGUGAGCAGUAUGUCCUUUGGUAGUUUGAAUUGAAAUGUGCCAGCUCCCGCAAGGUGUAAAGGUUAACCUUAAUAAUUAUACAUUUCAACAUGAGCAUGAUGCAUAGAACACACAAGGAAAUCAAGCAAAACAAUAUAAAAUAGAAUGCUUGAAAGACUUUGGCUUGAUAUGACAAGCACCCAUGGGAAGCCGUUCUAGCGAUAAAGUACUGUGCAUUAAAUAAAGGCCAGAGAAGCACUUGAUGCAGCAAGCAAGACAUUUUGUGUAUUCAGCAGCAGCACUAAUCCCCCUCUACAGAGAGGCCAAACAUCAACUGUAUACACAGAGCAUCCCCAAAGUCUGUACAUAAAUUAUACACAUACAUUAUACAUUAAAAAUAUUACAUUUAAUUUCUGAUCAAUAAUACAUUCACAAAGAAAAUAAUCAAACAGAUUGUCUCCAUAAUGCUGAGUUUUUCGGACAAACAUAGUUUUGAGUUUAUAUACAGUAUGUGUGGCGGUGAUGCAUUUAUAGAUGAUACAUUUAUGGUCAGAACUUUUGAUAGACUCAUCAGAUAAUGAAUGUUAUAUCAAAUUUGAGCCCCUUAAUAAUUUAUUUGAACCAUUCUUUUUCAUAUGGUGGCAUGAUACCUCAAUUACAUUUAGAAACAAUAAUUGAGUUGGAUAUAUCUAGAAUGAUUAGAUUUAAAAUAUAUUCACAUAUACUUGGUUUAAUGUUUCUUUGGGCAACAUUCACCCACCGUAUGCUUUUUCUAGCCAUGAAAAAGCUUCUAAUAAUUGUGACGACACUUUUUGGAAAAAUAAGUUAGAGUUCAUUUAACACACUUACUCUUAGGAUCCAAAAGGGACCUGCGUAUAAAAGUGUCAUAAGUUUUUUUUGUUUUUGUUUUUUUUGUUUUGUUUUGGGUUUUUUUUACUUUCAACGCUUGCUCUUUUCACAAAUUCAAAUCUGUCUAUUAAUAAAGGUUUUGUUUUCUUCUUUUCUGUGUUUUUUUGUCAAAAAUAACCCUUUUUAUGAGGAACAUUGUAAAAUAUGCAGUAUUUCAAAAACAUAAGUUGCAGAGUGGAAUAUUUGAGGUUGGGUAUUUACAGCUUUGAAUAAGUCAGUCAUUUAUGAUGACAUUGAUUUUCAUAAAGUAGACACAAAUAUUAUUUUAAAAUUGCCUACUGGGUUAGAAUGACAGAACACAGGCAGACUUGAUUAGUUCAAACAAAUCCUUUAUAUGUUAUAUAUAGCGUGUUAUAUAACUUCCCAAGAUCAUUUUCAUUGCAAUUCAGCAGUUAAGUGGCAGUUUAACUUGUCUACGCUCAUCAAAACUGUGACAAUUAUGCUCAUGGUUUUCUGGCGUCAAUUUAGUAAGAAUUAUAUCUAUUCCGUCUUUAUGGAAAAAGAGUAAUAUACCAGGAUUACAGUCUCUUAAAAAAUAGUAGUUAUAAUGGGAGUCAAUGGGGCCGAAAGUGUUCUUAAGAGAAUGUGUGUAUACUUUAUGUUUAUGUCAUAUUCUAACAACGUUGCAAUCAAAAACACAAUGCCGUUUUAAAAGAAAAACCUCAUGGCAAAAUUUUAAAUUGCUAACCUUUAAACUGAACGAUCAAAUCACAUAAGGAACCCAUGUAUUGCCUAUUUUGGGCCCGAGGUUGGACAAGGGUUUUGUUGGUUUCCUCGCUUGCAUCCAUCUUUAAAGCGUAGUCUACUAAAGGGUUUGGUUGGAGCUUUGGUAAAGCUAUUCCAGAAGCUAAAUUUGAUCUUGCUUUAUCCAUUGCUGUGUGUUUGUUGUACUGUAUAGUCACUCCACCAUUAAAAAAUAACGGUUCAAAUAAAUGAACAAGGGACUGAAAUUAAUAUCACAUGUGUGUGAACGUCUGACCGGGAAUAGCAUAUUUUAGCAAGUUUGGCAGUAAAUAAUUCAAACCUAACAAUACUGAUGCAUUUUGGACAGUUCCAGCUUUGCGGUUGGCCAAACUGUAUAGCUGGUGAUUAUUCUGCUUACCAUGAAUGCAAGAAGUUCCUACUCUGGUCUGUUUCUAGGUAAACAUUGUGGACAUUUACACACGCAUAGAAAGUUUUGGUGGUCUGGUAUAUUUUUAAAAAAUCAGCUGUUUGUGGCACUGUCGGGUAAUGCAUGACAAUAAUGUCUACACUAAGUCGGUAUACAAACACAGACUUUCAGACAACAAUGUCAUCAUAGAAGACACCAAACGUAGCAUGAAUGGGGGAUAGAAGGGUUCUUCAAAUUCUUCCCAGCAAGACAUGGCAGUCCCUCUCACUUUCGUUCCAUGCAGCAGGAGCAUUUGCUGACAGAAUAGCUGUUAGAUUGAUAGCACCUGUGGAUUGGUCCAAAAACGGGGUGAGGUCCUAAAGACAGGUGCAAAUGAUGCGCUCCAGACAUGUAAAAUAAAAAAAAAAUCAUCAACGUUACAGACAUAUUUACCAUUGAGGAUGUGUGUACUGUAAAUUAUUCCAUUAAUUCUCAUUAACAACAGUUUGGUUAUUGGUGUGAUGGCUGGUUUACAUAAUUCAAUCUAAAGGUCUAUUGGUGACAAGAUACUACUAAGAAUAAAGCACUGCUAAAGGUCCUGAAGGUCUUGUAUGGUAAUAAAGCACAUAAGUGUAUCGCUGAAGGAACAUUGUGUC